AUGUCGGAUAUGAAGUUGGUGGUAAAUAGAAGAUUCCCCGCGAUAUUGGCAAAUGAGUUUCUUCCUCGCCCGGGUCAUCGCGAAGAAGCUAUGAUGAUGUUUCGCCGCACUAUUUCUUGCUCUGACAUUCAAUUGGCCACGGAUGAACUAAGUUAUGAACUUUAUGCACCCAAUCACUUUGCUCGUCAAUUUGGGUUGGCCCAGUUGGUACCCUGGCCUCUGGUUGAUUCUGCCAAUUACUACACCUCUUGGCGGAGAUCAGCUCCGCCUGGGUCUGCCCCCUUUCAGAGUCAGUUUACUUUGAUAGUGAUUCCCCCUUGGGUCAGAGCGCUAUACCCCCUCAACGAUGUUGAUGAUGACUAUGCUGAUUGGUGGAAAGAAGUGUCAGUGAACUGUUGGGGCAUGAAUAACUAUGACCUUUUUGCCAUCCUUUUCCGCGACUUGGAACAUCCCUUUGCCGUGGACAGCGACAUCCUUGAACAAUAUUAUGCUGGUGAGGCUCCGCCUCCUGUUCCUGCUCCUCCGCAACAUCAACCUGUUCCGCCCCCGCAGCCGCAAAGGCCCUCGCGGCAAGCACAACCGGGAAUACAGAUUCGUGAACAUGGGGCAUCACGUACCACCCGGAGCAGGGCAGCCUCUACUCAGGCCGGGAAACAGAAGGCAGUAGCCGAGGAGCCUCCUGAGGGGGAGUCCUUUGACGAUGACGAUGUGAGCCUUGCUGAGGUAAACUGCCCCAGACUAAUUCUGAGUUUGCACAUUUGGCUUUCCAGACCCCUUCUAUUUUCUCAGUUGUGAUUCCUCUUUUGUGCAGGUAAUUGCUGUUCAUACUUGCAAACGCGGU